UUUUUAUUCGUUCACUCGCGCUCACAUUGCUGUUGCAGUUAGUGUGUCCGUCGAUUCUCGUGCGCAAAGGUUCCUUGACGGAUGUAAAGAGUAGAAUCGUUUUGGUAUAGUUAUAAAAGGAACAGAAAUCAAUUUUCGAGAGCACCUGUAGACGCAUGGGGGGAAUGUGCGUAAACAAUUCACGGAGGACUAAUUCAGGAUAGAUGUAACAUUUUCAUCAGAGGACAAAUACGAAUCGAAGGUUUUGAUCUAUUUUUUGGGGUGGUGACACAUUGCUGAACAUGUUUUUUGAAGCGGAGGGUGGCGUUCUGCCAUUUGGAGGUGUGUCUCUGGACUUUUUAUAAUAAAAGACCUUCUUCCUACAAUACAUUUUUAUGUGCAAACACAGUUGAGAGAGGGGUGAAAGCACAAUGACGGGGAAAUACUUUCUCCUUGGUUACUUGUUGGUCAAACUUAUGGUGCUUGUUUGCAAAGCGGACGGAGAGCCUGGUCAACCCGGAGGUUUCAUCAUGAUAGCGACGUCCAACGGAUCCAGAGAGGACGAGAUUGUGACACCUGACACUCCGCACACAGAGGACGAGUGUAUGGGCUAUUACGAUGUCAUGGGUCAGUGGGAUCCACCGUUUACUUGCAGCACGGGUGAUUAUCUGUACUGCUGCGGCACUUGUGGCUUCCGUUAUUGCUGCAUGUACAGGAGAUCGCGACUGGAUCAGAGCACUUGUAAAAACAACCGCACCAUGGAGUGGAUGAAAACAAUGAACACUCCAAAGAAAAAGAAAGACCCUCUACACGACCCCACCAAAGAUAAAACGAACAUGGUUGUGUACGUCAUCUGUGGAGUAGUGGCCAUUAUGGCUCUUGUUGGGAUAUUCACAAAACUGGGCCUAGAGAAGGCGCAUCGUCCGCAGAGAGAGAAUAUGUCCAGGGCUGUUGCUAGCGUGCUCCAGGGUGGAUGUCCAGGAGGUCAGUUUCAGGGGGAGGACGCCCUCGGUAUGCACGCGCAGCACUAUGACGCCAGGGCCAACAACCAGGGAGGUCAGAUCAACAACAAUGUGGCUCCAGGAUCCACCCUUGGGGGGGUGCACCCCUACCCUGCCUUGGCCCAGUUGGCACACGUCUAUGAACAGAAACAGCAGGGCAAGGAGCUCAGCAAGUACGCCUCACUCAAGGCUGUAGCUGCCAAGGCUAAUGGUGACUACUACAGCAAGAGGCGGUUGAUGGUGGAACUCCCGUCUAAGGGACUUCCUCUUCAGCCUCUGCAGACAAUGAGAACCAUGAACAGUACCAUGAGCUCUAACAUGGCCUCUAACAUGGGCUCUAACAUGGGCUCUAACAUGGGCUCUAACAUGGGCUCCAACAUGGGCUCUAACAUGGGCUCCAACAUGGGCUCUAACAUGGGCUCCAACAUGGGCUCUAACAUGGGCUCCAACAUGGGCUCCAACAUGGGCUCCAACAUGGGCUCCAACAUGGGCUCCAACAUGGGGUCUAACAUGGGUUCCAACAUGGGCUCUAACAUGGGCUCCAACAUGGGCUCCAACAUGGGGUCUAACAUGGGUUCCAACAUGGGCUCUAACAUGGGCUCCAACAUGACCUCUAACAUGGGCUCUAACAUGGGCUCUAACAUGGGCUCUAACAUGGGCUCUAACAUGGGCUCUAACAUGGGCUCUAACAUGGGCUCUAACAUGGGCUCUAACAUGAGCUCUGCUAUGACUUCCCAUGGACCUCUGAGCCCAGAGCCUGUGGCCACCUAUGUGACAGAGAUGCCCUCUGCCACCAUCAUCUCAUCCACCCUGCCCUCCAUGCACUCCUCCUCCUCCAACCCCAAGCCGAACGGACAGAAGCCCAAAGGAGGAGGCCAUGGAGGACACAGUAGAGGGCCAGUCUUCAUAGGCAUGACUGGGCCAGGAACCAUGUCUGGUACCAUGUCUGGUGCCAUGUCUGGUGCCAUGUCUGGUACCAUGUCUGGUGCCAUGUCCGGAGCCAUGUCCAGUGCCAUGUCCAAUGCCAUGUCUGGCACAUUAUCUGGUGCUAUGACAGGGAGGAUGGCCGAUGGGUCUGGUGCUGGAAGCCACCACCAUCGGGUUUCUUAUAGCUCCAACACCUUGGGUGGGCCGGGUCAUGGUCAUGGUCAUGGUCAGGGACUGGUUCUGGGUCUGAAGGGCUGGGAUGGGACAGAGACAGUGGGGCGGAGGAAGGCCUAUGGGCCCCGGAGGGGGGGCCCUUGCACGGUGGAGCAGGUGAACGAGCUGGGGGCCUCACGAAACCAUAGCCACAGUCAGCACUUUCUGCCCACUCAGCCCUACUUUGUCACCAACAGCAAGACUGAGGUGACUGUGUGAGAGAAGAAGGUGGAUGGCAGGGGGAGAGGUAGGAACGCGAGGUGGUCCAAAACAGUCUUACUCUCAUGAGAACAAAGAGAAGUAAAGGGGGUAGGAACAGAGGGACGUUUGUUGGUGUUUAUCAAUUCUACCCUAGUGAGAGGAGAGGGGGAGAGGAGUACUGGAGGUGCGUGUGGUGAUCCAAAUCAACCUUGAUGUCAAGAGAGUAGCUUUUACAAUGCAGAGGUAUAUAUAUUUAGUAUACUAUACAUAUAUAUAGUAUAUUUGUAAAAACACCAGUUCUUGGGUCUUGGGCCAGGGACAGAUUGGAAAUGAUGUGGAGGUGUUACUACAUGUUGUCAUAGAGACAGUGGUCACAACACUGUACAUGUCAUGUCAGGACCUGAAUGAAUAGGGUAGUGAUUGAAAAACUGUCAGCGUCGAUCAAAAUAUUUAAUGCAUUGCCCAUGCUCGUGUCAUGAUAUUGAGUGCCAUUCUAUGGCUGAUAUCUCCAGGGGAAUCAUAAACACAGCUGACAAACAGCGAAGACCAUGGGACUGACAUUUCCAUGGAUGGAAUCCUAUAAUAUCUGACAAGCAAUAUACCAGAUUAAAAAACAGAAUUGACAACUGUGGGAUUUAAAUACAAUAAUUGCAUUCACUGCAAAGUGUUUCUGUGACUCAAACCACCCAGUGGUGAGUAUGUGUUGGAAGUACAGCAGUCAAACACAAUGCAGCACAUCGUAUCCAGAUGAAGCACUAAAGGGGACACAAUACAGUAUUGAGACCCCUAAAGGGGCUCUGUUUUUAAAACUGUUAUCCAAAACUGGGGUCUGGACUUGUUGUCGGACUGGGCUGUGUUCUGCUGCAGUAGAGUCUGGCUUGGACCAACCCUCAGACCUCUACUGUCCUACAGAUCGUGUGCUACAGACCCCACGCUACAGACCCUGUGCUACAGACCCUGUGCUACAGACCCUGUGCUACAGACCCUGCGCUACAGACCCUGUGCUACAGACCCUGCGCUACAGACCCUGUGCUACAGACCCUGUGCUACAGACCCUGCGCUACAGACCCUGUGCUACAGACCCUGUGCUACAGACCCUGUGCUACAGAUCCUAUUCAUGGAGGUGGAUUCUCUGACAUGCUUCUUUACUGGUCCAAGUCUGCUUGGUCUUGCCAGCAGGGGUGGACUGGAGGUGAAGGUGUCAGCUGGAGAACACUGAAACUCUGGGACUCCUGGCUGUGAAUGCUUUUCAGGCACUCAUGUACACACACACACACACACACAGACACAGUGCACACACUGGACAAAUGUACAAACUCCCUAUGGGCUGGUCUGGACAUACAGUAUAGGCUGUGCCUUUCUUCUGCUUAUGGAGCUGUUUCCUGCAGUCAGUCUGUCUGUCUGUCCAGAAGCAGAUCUUGCAGCAACACUGAAAAGCAAGGGGAGCAAAACAGACAGCACUCAUCGGUGAUGCUGCAGAGAACCCGGCCUUGGAUUGGGUACGUGUUUGGAGAUGUAACGACAGAUCAUGGCCCUUUGUAGCGACAUCCAUAUCAUGUGCUUUUUAUAUUUCCCCCCUUUUCUCUGUCCUGUACUGCCACUGUCCAUCCUUUUCUCCUUCCCUGGCUCCCACCCUCUCAGAGAAGAGAUCUUUCAGGUCUGGAUGAUCUGAGACACAGCCACCGUGGGUGUGGUUCUAAAUACUCAGAGUUGUUAUAGCAAGGUUCCUCUUUAUCAGAGAACUCUAACCGUGGGGGUUUUCUCACAGCAAUGGUUGAGCAGUGAGAAUGCCUGUGUAUUAUUGUUACAAUUCUACAUAUUAUGUGAUUUAUACACUUGUGCCAAAAAAAAAGGUUGUCUGUUUGUAUAUUUUUGUACUACUGCGUGUCAUUUGGACUCUGGAUUCUUCUUUGUGAAAAUACAGUUGUAAUGAGUUCGAAACAAUAACCUGUAAUAUUUGUCAAAAAAUAAGGCAACCCCUGAGCAAUGAGAGCUAUAUAAUUGAUCCCUCCUGAAUUUAUGGUCUGCUGACGGUGUAUGUAGAAGCCUUUUAAAUGUUCUCUCUGAGCAUAUAUUUCUUGUUUUAGUUUAUAUUUCCCUACAAGUUAGCUAGUGUCUUCACUGUGACAGCAAAGUUGAAAAACAGGUCAAUGUUUUCAGGAUGUGCAUCAUCGGACUCAAUUGACUUAAUCCACCACGACGGAAAUCUUGAAAUGUGAACCUGCAAAAGCCCAUUCCGCUUGGCAACAGUUCACCCAGCUCUCAGAAGCAGCAGGCAGAAGGCAGGCAGGCAGGCAUAACAGGGUUAGGCUCUAUGCUGCAUGUAUUGGGUUGGUUUCCUGCUGUUUGUU